GGCUUUCAGUCGGAAACCGAACCAACGUCAACAAAAUCCAUGCACUCUUCGAUUGUUAACUUUUGCCGACGUUGCUAGGGUCAGAAGAAUAACCAACGUGUUUCAACGUGAAGAAAAAACUUUCAGUUCCGUACGAAAAUUUUCCUCCCGCAGUCAAUUUCCAAGUAAUGUCCCAGUCCCAAACGAAGAAACGUCGAAAUCGAAAACGCUGCAAGAUGGAACCUGCCGUGGCCUUCCCCCAAAUUAAAGAAGAAGGAACAAAGCCUGAUGUUGCUAUGGACAUGGCCAUUCCGUCUUCCUCGUUAACGCCCCAAGCAGAAGGGGGAGAAUGCAGCUCGUGCAAAGAUACGGUGGCCAAUCCGGUGACUUGCAGCAGUUGUGACAAGUUCUUCUGUUCGAAAUGCUUCGAAGUGUGGCUCUCGUUGACUCCACGGACCAUGUGCCCGGGUUGCGUAGCGGAAAUGAAGAAACGGGACGACUGCUGCGGGGAUCACGAUCAGGUGUUGAAUCUAUUCUGUCUAACUUGCGGAACGCGAAUUUGCAGUGGAUGCUUCCUGAAUACGGCUGGCCACAAGCGGCACCAGAUCGAUGACCUGGAUGUCGUGUACCGGGAAAAGCUAGCCGAGACCAACGGGAAACUGAACGAGGUCGGAGAUGUGCUGCUGCAGUUCCAAUCCGUCGUCGAUACGACGGAACAAAACGCCGGAAUGAUUUGCAAAACCGAAGACGACAUGCAGACCGAAAUGGGACAGCUGAUGGAAAAGGCAAAGGCGGAAGCCACCGGAUGGAAGGAGGGCAAACUGCGGCUGUGUCAGUUGCGAAAGGAAGUGCCAAUAAAGAGAAAGUUGCUGUUUGAGGAGUUACAGGGACGGAUCAACGGUUUGGCCAAACAUGAAUUCAUCGCCAGGAAGGAUGAGCUGGAACUGGAAGCAGCGGCUUUGAUUCCCAAUGCGCAGGCGCUUUAUCCGCCGCCGAUCGAUUAUCACGAUUAUGAGUGUUCGCUCAUCCCUCAGUGCCGAAUGGUUCCGAUAAUUUUGGAUAACUUCUCCCGUCAUUUCGAUGAUCCCAAGUACGAUGUCAUAGCCAGUAUGGACAUUUCGGACAGUAGCGAAACUUUUUGGACCAUUCGCGUGUUCAAAGGGACACAUUUGACAGUUGAUUUUUCGCAAAAACAGUUGCUGAAGCAUAGCCUAUCAUUCCAGCUGUACGUGGAAAUAUUUCACAUCGAUCAUCGCAACACGCUUUGUACUAUGCAAGAAACGCAAUCUACCAACUGCCACAUUGAUUUGAUAGAAAUGAACCAGUUGAAAGAAAGGGGAUUCUUAUCCAAAGCUGAUGAAAUUUCGCUAGGCAUCUGGAUCAGACCAACAUCGAUCAUCGUCGAACGUCAAGCUCUUACGUUGAACUUUUUGGAUCUCAAACGCCAAAAAUUUGAACUGGACGAUAAGUACAACGGUGUCGUUUCGAAACUGGCCGAGUCGGAGCAAUUUUCCGUUGGAUAUUUCCGCAUCCCCCUGGAUAAGUUGCAAUUUCCGGAAGAUGGCACCAGCGAUACGUUGCAGAUCAAGUCGCACGCGAUCAAAGACUUUAGUGGCCGUUCCUGGUGUAUGUACGUCGAACGUGUGAAGGCCAAUCGGAUUUGUGCUGAAUCGUACAUUGGCGUCUACUUGAUGCUGUGCUCGCCAUUGAAAAAGAAGACAUCAACCUUACGUCGGCGCUUCUAUCUGGAGUUGGUCAACAAAGACCGCGAUUACAGCAUCCGUAAGUACAGCUCCGAUAAAUUUGGCUCUACGGCUAGGUUCGGUUGGAGUCCAUUCGUUAGAAUGUCGCGGGUUUUUGCGGACAGCUCCGGAUUUGUUCAUAAAGGAGCAAUCGGAUUCCGGUUCGGAGUUCAGAAUAUGAAAAGAAAAUGAGGCUUUCGAAGAAAUGCGCAACAUUUCAGUAUUUUAGUUCCAGCGGUUUCGCCAUAUGCAUUCACAUAUUUUAACGUGUUUCAAACCAUUCAAUUCACUUAACUUUCGUUACGUACUUUGAGUAACUUUUUUUAUGAUUUUGAUUAUUAUUAGAGUGACAUGCUUUUCGUAACUAUUAUACGAUUAAUUGAAAUCUAAUAAAAUUGAUCAUAUUCAGAAGUAAGUAUUUAAA